CCAUUGGCUCUUCGUCCAGUCACAGAGGGAGACGGCUGCCAGACGUUCCCCUGAUAUCAUCGACACACUGCUGGUGAAGCAUCAACAACACCAACAUGAGAAUAAUGAUAAUUCCAGUAGUGCUUGUCCUGUCUGCUGCCUGUCUCCCUGCCCUCUGCGGCAAAGGGGACCCUACCGUCGUCGAGGCCCGGGCCUCGGCUGAGACCCGGGCCUCGGCUGAGACCCGCUCCCCCUUCGCUGCCCUGGACGAUGUGCGUCUCCUGGCGAGCGGCCUCCUCCAGCUGGGCCAGAGCCUGCGGGAGUUCGUGCAGAGGACGAAGGGACAGAUAAACGACAUCUUCCAGAAGCUCAACAUCUUCGACCACUCCUUCUACCAGCUGUCGGUGCUCGCCAGCGAAAUCAAGGAGGACGGCGAGGAGCUGAAGAAGACCGCUGUGGUGCUGAAGGCCAACAACGAGGAGAUUAAAGGCCUGUCUUUUGAGAUCAACUCCAAGGUGGACAACAUCCUGCAGGAGAAGAGUCGACUGCAGAACAAAGUGGAGGGCCUGGAGAUGAAGCUGAGCAGUCUGUCGCAAGGCCUGGUGACCACCGAGCAAGUGGUAGAGAUCAAUAGCCUCAGGGCUGUGAUCCACAAUCAGGAGACGAGCAUCACUGAGCUGCUGAACGCUGUGAGGGAUCAGAGCGACCAGAUCAACUACCAGAGAGGCAAGAUCAAGAACCUCGAGGAAAAGCUAACAGUCAACAGAUUAGCCCAAGAGACCAUUGAGAGGACGCCUGAGACCUUCAACGCUGAAGCUCCGACACUCAGCCCUUUUCUGAACUCAAACUCUACAGGCAACACAGAAAUGCAUCUGUCAUCAGACUGCAGCGAGCUGUUCAACAGAGGGGAGCGAGUCAGUGGCGUCUACGCCAUCAGACCCAACGGAUCGGAGCCUUUCAUGGCCUUUUGUGACAUGAGCAGAGAUUAUGGAGUAACAGUCAUCCAGCGAAGGAGGGAUGGUUCUGUGAAUUUUGACCAAACCUGGGAGAAGUAUGAAAACGGGUUUGGGGAUUUUCAAGGAGAGUUUUGGCUGGGUCUCAAGAAGUUCCAUGCUCUCGCCGCUCAGGGCGCCUCCGUCCUUCACAUCCAGCUGGAGGACUGGAAACAGAGCAAACACUUCAUGGAAUACAGAUUUAACAUCGAUGGUCCAGAGAGCAACUACGCCAUUCACCUCACGCACCUGUCUGGAGAAUUGCCAGACCCCAUGGGCAACCACACCGGCAUGAUGUUCUCCACCAAGGACAGGGACAAUGACAACCACCAGGACUUCAACUGCGCCCACAACUACACGGGUGGAUGGUGGUUCAACGCCUGUGGAGACACCAACCUGAAUGGCAGAUAUUUUCCUGUGAGACCAAAGGGGCGUUCAGAGCGUAGGAGGGGGAUUCAGUGGAAGUCUGGUCGAAAAGCUUCAUACUCCUUCAAGCUCACAGAGAUUUCAUUGCACCGAGGAGCUCCACCUUCCUCCACCUCAUCUGCCUCUGAGUCAGACAUCUCUCUCUGAUCCAGCACCAAACAUAACACUCAAAACAAACCAGCAUCCAGCAGUGGCCUCUGCAGGACAGACUUGGCAGUGCUUCUAGCGGGGCAGCCGUGGUUUUUAAAGGCUAAGGGCAGAGAGAAAACUGCUUUCCUCUAAGUGUCGAGUCCUAAAAGAUUAAUAUCAGUCACAUAUGACGAGUUUUACAAAUCUGAGUGACACUGUGCACUUAGUCUGUAGAAAAUCGUAGUAAAUCAAAAUGUAAUGGGAUAUCUAAAAUACAAUUAAUCACAUUUAGCUUAUUGUUAAGAAUAAAUACAUCUUCACUCACAGUAUCUCAGACGUUAAAGGGUAUGGAGAAGGAACUAGAACACAAAGCCAUAUAUGAGCAGGUGUAUAUUGGGUCACAUUGACUCACAGUGUACUGCAGUGGUUCCGGAAGGGAAUUAACACUGAAAGAUCAGAUUGUUUCUUUCAUUGACUCUUUGUAUGGGAAACACUGCACAGAUUUACCCCCUUCGUCCUUGCAAGUGAGAGUUGGGGUCCCACAUAGACAUUGCUUGAUUUUGAGGGGUCGAUAAUCAAUGAAUCUUGGAAACCACUGCUUUAAAUAUCACUCAUCAUUACUUUACAUUUUACUCUAUUUUUGAUACAUUUGCUAUAUUUUUAUUUAACUUAUAAAAAAAUACAUGAUGUUGACUUUCUAUAAUGCUAACAUUAAUUUGGGUGCAGAUAUUCCUAAUAUAUCAUGCAAAUGUUGCCUUUGAUCCGACAAACACUGUCCAAGACUGAUAUACUGUGGGUUGCUAAUUGCCUGCAGAUCUGCCACAGGAUGGUCCUUCUCUGUCAGCAGGAUUUGACCUGUAGAAAGACUGUUGUAAAGGAAUGACCCGAGCAUGUUCAUGUUAUUGCUACACACUAAAACCUUCUGUAUGUUGCACUGAGAGGUCGGCUCUCUUUUGUACUGUGUUGCAAGAUGCCCUGAAUAAACUCUAGAGAGCAGUGUU